AUGCCAUUAAUUAAACGUGCCAUUUCACCAGUUAAUGUUAGCCAACGAAGGCUUCCUGCAUCAAUACAGCACGAUGAAUUGGAAUGUGUCUCAAAUGGUACCUUAGCGAACUUAGUUCGACAAUUAAGUAGCUUAAGCCGGCAUGCCGAACAUAUAUUCGGUGAAAUUUAUCAUGAAUCUAUUAAACUUGAUCAUAAAACAAAUACAAUUGCUCAACGAAUUGAAAGACUUGCACACAAAGUCACUCAACUUGACUGUAGUCAUCAGCAAGGUUAG